AUGAAGCAAACACAGUGUUCAGAUACUUCUCGGAGCCAAGAUGGCCUUAGGAUUUUCCAUUCACAAGACUCAAAACCAACAGAGGAGCAGAUCAAACGGUGGUGCCAAGAAAUGGAGAGAUACGUGAAUUUCAAUGACGAGUCCGAGCAUGAGGCAACAGAGCAGAAAGAGGGGGAUUACCAGGAAUCUCGGCUGCCUGGCGACUCUUGGUUUGCUUCGGGCACACUAAGCGGCGGCGAGAACACGAGCGGUGGGCCUGCUGCCCUGCAGCCUUUCCCCUUACUUCGGAGGAGUCCCGCGGUUGGCCGUCGUAGACGGACAGCUGCUGGUAGUACGGCAGCAAAGCGUGUUUCGGGCGGGACAGGGAGGCUAAGCCGUGAAGAAGAAGAUUCAUUGCCGUCGCAGGAGGACACGGAGAACAUCAUUCGUGACAUUCUCAACAUCCCCCGCGAUGUUGCAAUUGAAGAUGCGUGGCCCGUGGAUGUCACUCCAUGGGUUCGAUACAAAGAAAUAGACACCCUGAUGCUUGUUCUCUGCUGCUCAGAGAGUAAUGGAGCAACAGUACAGGAAAUAAUAAACUUCUUGGUAAAGAGGUAUCCGGUGCUGGCAAAUACACGGACUUCUAAUUCUGGAUGGUGUGGAACACUUCGUGGGUACCUCACCCAUCUGCCUCAAUUCAGGCGAAUUGAGCGUGAUGGGAAGAAGGGAGACUAUUGGGUCCUUGACGUGACCAAGAUCCAUGGACACAGGUGA